AUGACGCGUACACUUGUCUAUGCUAUUCUGGCAGCAGCAGCUUGGCUUGCUCCCUCUGCUUCUGCACAGAAGAAGCCCACGUUCAACAUCAACUCGCUCCCCGACAAGUGGGAGACCAACCAAGCAGGCUCGAACCAAUGCUCCAAAUGGGGCGCUUCUUCGCGCUCCUCCCUGUGCCAAAACGUGUUUAUCAACAAUGCCAACGAUUUCUGCCUAUGGGGACCCAUCAAGCCCAACUCGCAAAUCGGUGCCAGCGAGGAAAACGUUGUCGCUUACUGUCUCAAAUCGGGUUACGGUACUCGCCUCAUUCCGAACGGUGCUAUUCAGGGAGUGCAAUUCCUCAAGACACCCAAUUUCCUCCAAGUGACGGGAGUGGGUGAUUUCACGGGCAUGAACAUUCAACGUGGUGAUGCGGGUGGUGAACUUGACCCGCAUGGUGCCGAUGGAACGGGUAACCCCAAAGGUGGCUUGGUGUUCAGCAACAACGUACCCGGAAAGGAGGGCAAGUGGACGCAGAUCAAGGAAUGGAACAACUUUAUGUCGGCAUACGAGUUUUCCUUCCGCGCUGCAUACGGUCCUCAGGCUGCUCAGUAUGCGCCUCAUGUGUACGAUGUCAUGGGCGCCUACUUUAACACCAACCGUGGAAAGUUUGACAAGGGCGUCUUCGAGGACUGCCAGGGCGACAGUGGAAAGUUUGUCGGCGUGUAUGGAUCGAGCACUUUCAGGCAGGGCCAGGCAAAGACUCCGGCACCGCAUAAACCGGCAGCUAGCAGCAACUGCAAGCAGUACAAGACGGUCAGCAACGGUCCCGCUCCCCAAAAGGCGUACAGGAGGAGCAUUGCUAAGCCUCUCAAGUAG